AUGCAGGUCCUGGCUUCUUAUCAUGGAUUCAAUUUGGAUGUGGAGGAGCCCAUGGUCUUCCAAGAGGAUGGAGCCGGCUUUGGGCAGAGCGUGGUCCAGUUUGGCAGAUCUAGACUCGUGGUGGGAGCCCCCCUGGAGGUGGUCGCAGUCAACAAAACAGGACGUUUGUACGACUGCCUGGCUGCCACCGGCUUGUGUCGGCCCAUCUUGCUGAAUACACCCCCAGAGGCCGUGAACACGUCCUUGGGCCUGUCCCUGGUGGCCUCCACCGAUCUCUCCUGGCUGCUGGCCUGUGGCCCGACCAUGCACAGAGCCUGUGGGGAGAACAUGUAUGCAAAAGGCACUUGCCUCCUGCUGGGCUCCCACCUGCAGAUCACCUGGACAGUCCCCGCCACCCCAGAGUGUCCACAUCAAGAGAUAGACGUUGUCUUCCUGAUUGACGGCUCUGGCAGCAUUGACCGAAAUGACUUUAAACGGAUGAAGAACUUUGUCAGAGCUGUGAUGGACCAGUUCAAGGGCACCCACACACUGUUCUUGCUGAUGCAAUACUCAAACCUUCUGAAGACCCACUUCACCUUCAGCCAAUUUCAGAGCAGCCGGAGCCCUCAGAGCCUGGUGGAUCCCAUCGUCCAACUGAGUGGCCUGACCUUCACAGCCACAGGCACCCAGACAGUGGUGAAAGAACUAUUUCACAGUAAGAAUGGGGCCCGUAAAACUGAAGACUCCCUGAAAUAGAGCGACGUCAUCCCCCAGGCAGACAGAGCCCGCAUCGUCCGCUAUGCCGUUGGGGUGGGAGAUGCUUUCCAGGAUCCCACUGCCAGGACAGAGCUGAACAUUGGCUCAGUGCCUUCGGAGGACCACGUGUUCAAGGUGGACAACUUUGCGGCACUCAGCAACACCCAGAAGCAGCUGCAGGAGAUCUUUGCAGUCGAGGGAACGCAGUCAAAGACAAGUCGCUCCUUCCAGCAUGAGAUGUCUCAAGAAGGCUUCAGUUCCGUGCUCAACCGUGAGUGGAGUGAUGGACCAGUUCUGGGGACUGUGGGGAGCUUCAGCUGGUCUGGAGGUGCCUUCCUGUACCCCGAAAAUAGGAGCCCCACCUUCAUCCACGUGUCUCAGGAGCACGCGGACAUGAGUGACUCUUACCUGGGUUACUCCACAGAGCUGGCCGUUUGGAAGGGGGUACACAGCCUGGUCCUGGGGGCCCCCCGCCAUCAGCACACCGGGAAGGUUGUCAUCUUCACGCAGGUGUCCGGGCAAUGGAGACUGAAGGCUGAAGUCACAGGGACCCAGAUCGGUUCCUACUUCGGGGCCUCCCUCAGCUCCGUGGACGUGGACAGAGAUGGCAGCUCCGACCUGGUCCUCAUCGGGGCCCCCCAUUACUAUGAGCAGAGCCGGGGUGGGCAGGUGUCCGUGUGCCCCUUUCCCCGGGGGAGGGCUAAGCGGCAGUGUGGUGCUGUCCUGCGAGGGGAGCAAGGCCACCCCUGGGGCCGCUUUGGGGCAGCUCUGACGGUGCUGGGGGAUGUGAACGGGGACAGGCUGUCGGACGUGGCCAUCAGGGCCCCGGGAGAGCAGGAGAACCGGGGUGCUGUCUACCUGUUUCACGGAACCUCGGGACUGGGCAUCAGCCCCGCCCACAGCCAGCGGAUUGCAGGCUCCCAGCUCUCCCCCAGGCUCCAGUAUUUCGGGCAUUCACUGAGCGGGGGUCAGGACCUCACCCAGGAUGGACUGGUGGACCUGGCCAUCGGGGCCCAGGGGCACGCGCUGCUGCUCAGGAGCCUGCCGGUGCUGAACGUGGAGGUGGCUAUGAGAUUCACGCCCCCGGAGGUGACAAAGUCUGUGUACCAGUGCUGCGAAGAGCUGCCCACCGCCCUGGAAGCUGGGGACGCCACAGUCUGUCUCACUAUCCACAAAAGCUCACAGGACCAGCUAGGUGACGUCCGAAGCUCUGUCAUGUAUGAUCUGGCGUUGGACCCAGGUGGUCUGAUUUCUCGUGCCAUGUCUAAUGAGACCAAGAACUGGACUUUGACUCGAAGAAAAACCCUAGGGCUGGGAGAGCACUGUGACACCAUGAAGCUGCUUCUACCAGACUGUGUGGAGGACGUGGGGAACCCGAUCAUCCUGCGACUCAACUUCUUCCUGGUUGGGGAGCCCACCUCCUCAUCUCAGAACCUGCACCCUGUGCUGGCUGUGGGCUCACAGGACCGCUUCACUGCCUCUGGGAAAUAUACUGUUUUGCUGCAGCUCCCCUUUGAGAAGAACUGUGGGCAAGGGGACCUGAGUGUCAGCCUCAGCUUCUCAGGCCUGCAGACCCUGGUGGUGGGGAGCUCCCUGGAGCUUCCUCCAAGCCUAGACUGCUCCACUGCUGCCUGCCUGAGGUUCUGCUGUGAUAUCCCCUCCUUUGGCGUCCAGGAGGAACUUGACUUUAUUCUGAAGGGCAACCUCAGCUUCGGUUGGGCCAGCCAGACUUUGCAGAAGAAGACAUGUGUCGUGAGUGUGGCUGAAAUCAUUUUCAACAGAUCCAUGUAUUCCCAGCUUCAAGGACAGGAGGCAUUUUUGAGAGCCCAGGUGGAGAUGGUGCUAGAAGAGUAUGAGGUCUACAACCCCAUCCCCCUCAUUGUGAGCAGCUCUGUGGGAGGACUGCUGCUGCUGGCUCUCAUCACAGCUACACUGUACAAGUGUGGCUUCUUCAAACGUCAAUACAAAGAAAUGAUGGGUGACAACCCUGAAGACACUGUCACAUUCAAUGGGGAGUAUCUCAGCGGUGAGGCCCCCAAUCAGCCUUUGUCCUAA